AUGAUAGACAAGAAAAGAACAAGGCAAAAUACAUAUCUAUCAACAGAACGUGUUCCUUCGGGGUUUUUUUUCAUUGAAAAUUUUGACUUUUUUUUCCCAUGUUUGGGGAAAAGAAAAAUUACUAAAGCUUAUUUUACUUUUCUUUCAAAGACUACGGAUCAAUCACGUUUGAAUUAUGAAGAACAAAAGCAGCAUAAAAUUUGUGUUCAAUUUUCAAAUGAAACGGAAUUAACUGAAGAGACUUUUUUGAUUAAUAUUGAAGAUAUCAAUGAAUCACCUUAUGAUCUUCAGUGUUCUAAUCAUACAGGUUUUUGUACGGUAUUCGAUGAUGAUUUCAAUCAAACAUUUAAAUUUGAAAUAAAAACUAUUAAUCAUUAUGAAAAUGAAACAUAUUUUGAAAUUCUUUGUACUGAUAAUGGUCAACCACCUUUAUCGGUAUCAACAUGGGUAAAAGCUCUACCUGAUAAUAUGACACUAAUGUUUGUUCCUGUUCUUUCGUUGAUUAUACCAGUUAAUGAUAACAAUAAUACGAUAGACAAACAGACAAGAGAUAAUAUUGUCAUAUCAUAUUCAAAUGAUGGAGAUAAAACAGAACGACAACGACGACAAGCUAAUUCACCACCACAAAAUAUUUAUUUUAAUAUACUUCAUUUAACUAUGCCAGAAAAUGCACUAGAUUAUGAAAUAGCAAGUGUCUACGUCACUGAUGAGGAUAAUGAUAACUAUGUAUGUACAGUUCAUACAUAUGAUGCUCCAGAAGAUUCUCAACCAUUUGAUAUAGUCAAUGGAAUUUUACGAACUAGUUCAAUUGUGCAAGAUGGUCUUUAUAAUAUUAAUUAUGAAAAAAUACCUGUUUAUAAUAUAACAGUAACAUGUACGGAUCCAAUUCAUCAAUAUACGAUUCGUAAACAUUUUACUAUUGAUGUUAUUGACAUUAAUGAACCACCAAUUCAAUUAAUAUUAGUACCUGAUACAUUACCAGAAAAUUCUCCAAUGGAUUAUGUUAUUGGUCGUUUUUAUGCAAGUGAUCCAGAUUUACUAGUGGAUAAUCAAACAUUUGAAUAUUUGAUUGCUAUGAAUCCAAAUGGUAUGUUUAGCAUAGACAAUGAUCAAUUAAUUUUAAAACGUACUAAUGAUGUUGAAAUGUGUAUAAGUCAACCGGAUUUAUGUCCACAUGAUUAUGAACAGAUUACUUCAUUACUUAUUCGUAUAAAUAUUAAAGAUAAUGGUCAACCAUCUGUAUCGCAAAAAUUUUGGAUUCAAAUUCCAAUAACAGAUGAAAAUGAUCCACCAGUGAAUUUACAAUUAAACCAAAAUUUUAUUAGAGAAAAUUCACCAAUUGGUACAUUAAUUGGAUCAUUUUCAGUUGAAGAUCAAGAUUUAUAUCAAACACAUACAUAUACACUUGUUAAUCAAAGUCCAUUAUUAAACAAUGAAUUUCUUUUUGUCAUUGAAGAUAAUAAUUUACGUUUAUUACAAUCACCAGAUUAUGAACUAGAUUCAUUUUAUAUUAUCACUGUACAAUGUACAGAUAAUGGAACACCACCAGCGAGUAUAACAAGUGAUUUUCUCAUUGAAAUUAUUGAUGUUGAUGAACUUCCCGAUACUUAUAUAUUUAUUCCAAAUCCUGAUGGUAUUAUAUCAGAUGAUAUACUUAAUGAUUUAAUAAAUGGAAGACAAACACCACGAACUAUUUUUCUUCCACAAAGUACAUAUUCUCUUCCAUCACUUGGACAAAUUGUUUUUCUAAUGGAAGAUCGUGAUCGAGAUAUCGAUUUGACGGCAUUAAAUGAUGAUGAUAAUCCGAAUGAAUUAGGCUUUUCAAAACCAACAUGUGAAUUAUCAAUACAUAAUCCAGAUCGAUUAUUAUGUACAUCAAUUGUUACUGUUAUAAAUCCACGUUUAUUUGAUGAUAAUAAUACUCCGGUUGAACAUUUAAUAAUAAAUACAUUAAUAUUAACUAGUAAUGAUAAAAUAAUGACGUUUCCGAAACCAUUAAGAAUAAAAAUUGAAAAUAUUACUUUAACAAUCAAUGAUACAUUAACACUAUCGAUUGAUGUUGAAAAAAGUAAUAUAAGUGGUAUUGAAAUUGGUAAACUUCAAGCUAUUGAUUUAGCAGCUGGAGGAGAAAUUCUACAAAAUAUUGCACUUAAUUCAAAUAGUUAUUCAUUAUUUCCAUUUGAACUUGUUAAUUUAACUACUUUUAAAGUUCGUGAUGAUAUGGAUUUAUCGUUAUCUUCUUUACCAUCAAUAUUUAAUAUUAGUGUAUUAGUAACAACAGUUGGUGAAGAUAGUCGAAUUGUAGAGAAAUAUUUUAUUAUUAAUAUUAAAGAUAAAAGAAAUGUUUCUCUAAUAUUAUCGAAUAAUAAGAUUCAGGAAAAUUCUCCUGAAAAUACAUCAGUUGGAUAUUUUAUUUUACAGGAUGGUAUUGGAAAUUAUACUAUUAAUCUUAUUCAUGAUGCUAAUGGAUAUUUCAAAAUAAAUGAUAUAAAUUUAUUAACAGCUCAAAAAAUUGUUGAGAAUUGUCGUAUCAAUCAUACAUGUCAAUUGAAUCAUGAAAUUGAAUCUACAAUUAAUAUAACAGUUGCAAUUCUUGAUCCAAUAACGAAUGAAACUUAUCGUCAUAUUCGUUUUCUUAUUCAAAUUGAAGAUGAAAAUGAACCACCAUAUAAUAUCACUUUAUCUCUCACUUCAGUUUCAAAAGAUGCAGAAAUCGAUGAUAUAGUUGGUGUUAUUAAUGCUAUGGAUGAUGAUAUUAAUCAAACAUUGACAUAUACAACAACUAAUCCAUUAUUUAAUAUAAUUGAUAAUCAAUUAAUUUUAUCUUCGAAAUUAGAUCAUGAAAGCCGAAAUACUAUUCCAAUAUAUAUUCGAGCAACUGAUGAUGGACAACCAUCCAGAUUUACGGAACAAUUAUUUUUUAUAAAUGUAACUAAUGUUAAUCAAGAACCAUUGCAGGUUACAUCAACUCCAAUGAUUUGUUAUAUUCCAAAAGAUUCAAAUUCAAUACCAACAAUUAUUAGUCAAUUAACUAUUGUUGAUCCAGAUGAAAACGAAAGUUUUAAUAUAACAUUUAAUAAUUCAAAUUAUCAGGCAUUAAUACCACAGACGAAUGCAGUUUCAGUAUUGUUAAAUAAUGUUUCAGCUAUAUAUGCACAAAUUUAUAAUAUUAAUAUUAUGGAUUUAAAUCCACCUACGGAACAGAAUGAUACGGAUUAUUAUGUCAAUGUAACAGCAUAUAUAACUGAUUCUGGUAAUCAUACUACAAUACAUGAAUUUUCAAUACAUUAUCUAUCGGAACUAACAAUGAACUCAACUAUACCACCAACGAUGACAUCAGCAAUACCAUCGACAACAACAAUUGCAUCAUUAUCUCAAGCAUUACAUGUUCGUAUUUAUGAAACAACACCAUCAGGUACACCAAUUACUCGUGGUCUUUUAAGUUCUUUAAUAUCAAAUAAUUUAUUUUCAAAUUCAUCAACAUGUAUUACUACCGAUGAACAAGGUAAUCAAUUUCCAAUGAAUAUAACAAAUAUAAUUCAAUCAACAUUUAUUAUCUUUUUACCAAAUAAUUAUACAUUAAAUUCAACAAUUCAUCCAACUAUAAUUCUAACUGUACAAUGUAUUAUUGAUAAUGAUAUGGAUGUUAAUCAAGCUAUCGUUAUCGAUGUUUUACCGGCUCCACCCACAAUAAUGAUCGAAUUUAAUCAAACACAACCAUUCUAUGCAACAAAUAACAUCAAUAAUGAUACUAUAUUAGGUAGCUUUUAUCUAACUGAAUCAACAACCGACUCAAGAAAUCGAACAUAUAAUCUUUCAUUAAGAAAUAAUCAGAAUAUAUUUCAACUUUUACCAAAUAAUAGUCUUAUUCAAAUUGGACCAUAUUCAUUUGAUUUAUUAGAAAUUGAUAAUCCCUAUGUUAAUCUAACUAUUCAAGCAAUUGAAACAACAUUAGAUCAACCAAUACGUAUUAUUCAAACAACAUUUAAUAUAUCAAUUAUUGUUAAUUUAACAGUACCAUUUAUUUCUUGUAAUCAAACAUCAAUACCAAAUGAUACAAAUCCCGAUACAAUCAUUGGAAAUUUUAGUGUACACAAUAUAACAAUACCUUAUAGAUUACAAUUACUUGAUACAUAUGAUGAUGGUCUUGAAUUAGAUCCAAAUACAAAUAUUUUAAAACUUAAAAGAACACUUAAUACAUUUCCGUUAUUGAAUAAUAAUACACAAUUAUUGGUUAAAGUGGCGUUAGUUAAAACAACAAAUGAAACUAUUGUAUUAGCAGAUUUUCCAUUAACAAUUACUUAUCCAACAAGUUUAGAUCUAUGUUUAAAUAAAGAUUGUGGAAAUGGUACAUGUAUUAAUGUGAAUGAAACUAUAUCCUAUUGUUUAUGUACAAGUGGUUAUACAGGACUAAAUUGUCAUUUAAUCGAUUCAUGUGCAUUUAAUCCAUGUGCAAAUAAUGGUAUUUGUCAUCAAUUAUCUACUAGAGGUGAUUUUUCAUGUCAAUGUUUACCAAAUUGUUCUGGUUCUCGUUGUGAAAUAUUGAUCGAUGUUUGUCAAUUAAAUACAUCACUUUGUUCAUCAACAGAUAUAUGUAUUCCAAUUAAUAAUAAUCUUACAAAUUUUUUUACAUGUAUCUCAAGAGAUGAACUUCAAUAUUUAGUAUUUGAUUAUUUAAAUGAUUAUAAAAAACUUGAUAUUAUUAAUGAUAAAGAUUUACCGAAAAAAUUAGAAGAUUUUAUUAAGAAUAAUUUAUUUGAUAUUGAAAAUAUUAUUGUUCCAGAAAGAAAAAUACUUGGCCCAUAUGUAUAUAAUCGAGCAGAAUUUAUAUCAAUUGGUGUUCAAUCAACAAAUGAUAGUAGUACAACAUUAAAUGAGAGUUUAAAAUUAUUUUGUACAAAUCAAUCAUCAACUAUUGAUUUAUUUGCUACUGUAAUCUGUGCUGGUUAUCGUCAAGCAAAUUAUCUUGAUGAAUAUUUUAAAUCGACACCAACAUUUUGCCCAAACUGUACAUUUACAGAUGCAGCUGAUAAAUAUUAUUGGUUCGAUAAAACAAUUCCAUUUCUCCCAUUAUGGAUAACUCUUAUUGUUGGAUCACUUCUAAUGGCUGCGAUUCCGUUAAUUCCAAUGACUUCUAAUGUACCGAAAAAAGUUGCAUUACCAUUAAUGAAAGCAAAAAAAUAUCCUGAUCAAGAAGAAGAAUAUCCAUUAUUCGUAAAUUCAAUUCUAUCAGCAACAAAAAAUAGUCGUAAAUCUUAUCGCGAAAGAAAUGAUUCUGGUUAUGAGAGUAAUGAGGAUAGUAAAAAUUAUCUUGAACAAAUAAUUACUAAUCAUCAACAACAACAAGAAUCAUUUCAUGUCUAUCCUAUUUUACAUGGACCACGUUCACCAAUAAUCGAUCGUCAAAUUACAACAAUUGAUGAUUUAGUUUUAUCAAAUUCUACACAUCGUUCUCAAUCACCAAUAUCAUCAAUUGAUUCACGACGUGAUAUGCAACGAUCAUCUUCAAUGUCAUCACAAAGAACUCCUCGUCAAUCAAAUCAAACAUUAAAACCAAUAAUUCAACGACCUUCAAUGUUAUUUGAAUCAAGUAUUGGUACAUUAAUUGGUUCAAUGGGUCUACCAAAAUUAAAUCAUGAUGAUGAUACAUAUGUAUCAACAAAAUUUCGUAAUGAAAAUACAUCGAAAUUUCUUAUGGGAACAUUAUGGAAUACAUUUGCAUUAGUUAAUAAUCUUUUUUUACAACGACCUAGAAAACGACGUAAUGCAUUAUCAGGUGAUACAAAUAUUCGUGUUGAUCAAUUAGCACGUUUACAAGAAUUAUAUUCACUUGCUGAACGUGAACAAGCGAAUGAAUUACCUAUAAAUAAUCUUCAAUCGAUUAUAAAUGAAAUUUUAACAAAACAAAAAAAUUUACCAAUAAAUAAUUUACGAGCAAUUAUUUUUGAUAUAUUAUCAUCAAAAAAAAACAAUCAAUGCAAUUGUUAUGGAAAUCGUCAUAUUCCAUCAUGUAUUUAUUAUGAUCAAUCAUUACCUUAUUUAAGAUCUUUUAAUGGUAAUACAUCAAAUAUUGAACAUAUUUUUGAUAAUAUGUUAAAAUCGAAUCAACCACGUCAUCGAAAUAUAUUAACACAACCGUAUGUAAGAAAACCUGCAAGAACUUUCAUACAUUCUAAACCAACAAAUAAUAUAGCCACACAAUCGACUCCACCACCAUUAACUCUAACACAAUUACAUUAUAAUGCAUCGACUCAAUAUAGUCCAAAAGAAGUUAAACAUAUGGAUGAUAUUUCUACUCAAACUAUUCUAAAUAAAUUUCAUGAUGUUUCAACACAAUUUAGUUCGAUUGAAAUAAUAAAUAAUUCCGAUAAUUUUAAUCUCGUAAAUCAAUUAAUACCAAAAAAGAAUCAAUAUAAUGAUCCUGUUUAUGUUAAUAUAUCUCCUCAAUUAAGUCCACAAGAAAAUAAAUCUAAACAUACAAAUAUUUCAACUCAAGUUAUUGAAGAUCAACGAAAUACACUUAUGAAUGAAUUAAAAGAAGUUUUCACAAUACCUAAAGAAGAGCUAGAUAGAAAAUCUCCUCCUAAUCAUACUGUACGAAGUCUUGUUUCAAUGUUCGAAACAACAACACCAGCUAAUAAACUUCAUAUAAACAUUCCAAAUAAUAAAACAUCAAUAAAAUCUAUUACAAACGAUUCAAAAAUUUCCAAUUCAUCAAAUAAGGAAAAUGAAAAAAUUCCUUCAUCGAUAAAUGAUGAUGUAAUUGAACAAUAUGUAAAUGAAGUCGUAUCAAAUAUAGUUGAUAAUGCUAUUUUAACAGCAGCAAUAGAAACAACAAGUUAUUCUAAUGAACAACAGCAACAACAACAGCAACUACAACGACGUUUUUCAUUUUAUAGUAAUGGUGGUGGACAUGGAAAAAGUUUAUUAUUUCAAUCAAAUACAUUUGUACCAACUAUUGAUAUAAUUAAACACGAUACAGAUGAAAAUUUCCGGGGUAUUUCAAGUGAAUUCUUUUCAUCUGAAAUAAUUCCUUCUUCUUUUUCAAAUUAUCCACUAGUUGAAUCUCAAGCAUCGAAUGUAUUAAUAAACGAUGCUGUAAUACCUAAUGAAUCUCAACAUACAUUAAUCGUUGGUCGAUAUAUAAAUGGUGACGAAUCGAAUCGAUCAAAAAUAAAAAAACAACGUAGUUUUAUUUACGAUACGAAUAAUAACAAUAAUGAUUCAAGUUCAUUAUCAUCGUUUGAUGAUGAACAACCUGAUCAUCAACAAUUUCUUUCUAAUAGUCAACUUUUUUCUGCACAUGAAUUAUAUAUUCGACCAUGGCUUGUAAGACGAGCAACAGCACCUGAUAUUCAUUGUCUUGAUAAUGAUAUUAAUGAUACAUAUGUUGAAAUAAUACCAAUAGAUUCCAUCGAUACAUAUUUUAAUAUUUUUCCAAGUAAUCCUGUUCUCGAUUUAGCUACACAUUAUACUUGUUUAAUAACAAUUUUACUUUAUCUUCAUGAUGUUCAUGAUGAAUAUUCAAAUGAAAUUUUAUAUGAUGAACUUGAUCAAAUACAUAAACAAAUAAUAGAUUCACUAUUACCAUCACCAAUUGCUCCGACAUCCAAUGUAUUUCAAACAACAAAUCAAGAUGGAAGUAAACGUUAUCGUACUGGAUUUGUUCUUGAUAUAAAUUCACCUAAUACAUUAAUUCGACCUAAACUAUAUGCAAAACAAAUUGAAUGGAAACAUGUUAAAAUUAUUAUACGACGUUUUAGAAAAAAAUAUCAACAUUAUAAACAAAUAAUAAAAAAUGAUAAGAAAACUAAAUCGAAUCAAUUUAAUAUUGAAAAUUAUUUAAAAUAUUUUGAUUCGACAUCUAAACGUCGCAUGAUAAAAUAUGCGAAACAUUAUGCAGAAAAAUUAUAA